AUGUUGCCAAGAAAUCUAUUUCCUCUCUUCGCCGUUUCGGCUGUUGCCGAAGUGCAUUAUUUGUUUUCUGGUUUCUUUUCUGGCUCUACAAUUGCCGGCAUUGAGUUCGAUGAUGAAGCCUUGUCCUUGGCCUUGGUGAAGAACAUCUCAUCCGCAUCCGAUGACGGGUCAAAGUGGAUAGCACUCGACGCUCGCAAACAAAACUUAUACGUUGGCACCACUGGUUACUUUCAAAGCUACAAGAUAACCAAGGAUCUGGGUUUGACUUAUAAGAGCAACAUCAGCUUGUCCUCGGAUUGUAACAACGCAAACUUCAUCACCGCAUCGCCUAAAUCUCCUUUUGCAGUAUUCGGCACACCUUACGGACGCGGCUGUCCAACACUCGCCAUAUCCGUUGAUAAGACCGGCACUCUCCAGAAAAGCUUUGCAAACGCGACUUAUAACACCAAAGGUGGAGUUCACGGAACAGCACUGAGCCCCAAGAAUGAUUUCCUGUACUCUGCCGAUGAUAUGGGAAAUGCAGUCUGGGUUCACUCUUACGAUCGCGAAAGCGGCAAAAUUGAAGAGGUGCAGUAUCUUGCUGCCGAAGAAGGAUCUAACCCGAGACAUUUGACGGUGCAUCCCAACGGUAAAUGGGUGUAUGUGGUUUACGAGGAGGCGAAUUCUAUUGCGGCAUAUAAGCGGAACACAAAGACUGGAAAACUCGAGUUUCGCAACGAGACGUACAGUUUGCUUCCUUCAGGAUUCACCAACUCUUCUUCUUACUGGGCUGACGAGGUACUGCUUUCCACGUCUGCCGAAGGAUCGUCCCCCAAAUACCUGCUUGCUGCCACGAGGUCUCGCAAGACUGGAGUUCCUGGAUACGUCUCUGCGUUUAGUUUGGAUGCCAAGUCUGGAGGUAUCAAAGAGCAGCUAUUUCUACAAGAAACCACCAACAGCGGAGGAUCUGCGAAUGCUGUGUCGCCGGCCUUGUUCAGUGAGGAUUUUUUUGCAAUCACUGAUAGUGGUUCGAAUUUUAUUGAAGUUUGGAAGAUCAACAAGAAGAGUGCAUCGGCUGUUGCCCACCUUGAUCUUGACAAUGGGCCGGCCAAUGCUGUAUGUCCUCAUGUCCAGGAGGCUAUUGAUGCCGAUGAACAUGUCAAACUCAUUCUUUGCUUCGACGGUACUGGCAAUACCUUCAGCGGCACCAACGCUGACACCAACGUGGUUAAGAUUCUUCGCAAGCUUGAUCGCAACCACAAGAAACAGUACCAUUAUUACCAAAUGCGCAGCAAAAUUUCCAAGGCAAUUGACUCAGGAUUCGGGACCACAUUCGACGCGCAUAUUAUGGCAGGGUAUCGUUUCUUAAUGCGAUACUAUGAACCUGAAGCGAAGAUUUAUAUCUUUGGAUUUAGUCGAGGUGCUUUUACUGCCAAAUACCUCUCACGCAUGGUCAAUGAGGUCGGCCUGCUUUGUAAGGGUAACGAGGAAAUGGUACCUUUCGCAUACCGGCUCUACCAACGCUCUCUCCAGUGCAAAAGCAACGAUCGCACUGCCGCCAUGGGCUUGUUCGCCCGCAACGCUGCCUAUGAUAAGAAGGCUUCCGGGGACCAGACUUCUGGAACUAGCCAGUCCGACACAGCCGGUCUGGCACAGAAUGGUGGACCUAAUGGCGCGUUAGACGACGCGCCGGAGGAUGAAGACGACAACGAUGGACCAGUUGAGGAUAACUAUCUGUCCGGGAACCCUGUCAUCACACCAAGCAAGGAGUCCAUCGCUGCUGAAAAGGAGGUCAAGGCUUUCGGUCAGACCUUCUGCAGAACUGAAGGCAGUGAUCCCACGCAACACAAGAACAUCAAAGUCUUCUUCCUUGGUCUCUGGGACUGCGUCAACUCUGUUGCUAUGGUUGAGCAAAAUUCGCCUGCCCCAGUGGAGAUAACCGGAACUGCACACCACGUCCGUCACGCUGUGGCUGUCGACGAGCGCCGUGUCAAGUUCAAGCCUACCCUCCUUGCUCAAGACAUCAAGACCGUGAUCGAGGAUUCCAAGAAAGGCAGUACCGAAGAGGAAGACAUCAGAGAAGUCUGGUUCCCUGGUAACCACGGUGACGUUGGCGGAGGAUGGCCGGCUAUGCCAAGCGAAAUGGAAUGGUGGCCGCGCUUGAAGUACAUUUUCAGUGGAACCAAGGUAAAGAAUCUAGUCGAGCCUCUCAAGGACGAUGCCUUGCAGAUGAGCGACAUGGCCCUCGAAUGGAUGAUUCGUGAGGUUGAUAUUGUAGGCAAACAACACCCUGGCUGCGAAGUGCACUGGUGUCAUACUCUUGAUGCUUUCAAGGAUAGCAUGAAGGUGGCUAAAACGGUAGAGGACCACGUCAUCAAGGGAUUCAUGCAUGACACUCUCAGGUUUGGUUACGGCUCAUCCUUUUUGAAGGUCUUCAUGUGGAAUCUGAUCGAAUCGCUCCCUGGUAUUCCUCGCUGGGAACUCAACGACUCAAAAGACGAGAAGGAAAGAGGAUGGAAGUUGUACAGAGGCAUGCCCAACUGGUGUGCUUCUCGCGAUAUUCCCAGAGGAGCAGUGCUGCAUAAUUCACUUAAGGAACGACUUGAGAAGGUUGACGAGUACCGACCGCGAAACAAUCAUGGUUCAGGCGACCCUUGCUUGUGGAAUUCAGAGGGUGUCGUCGACAUGAAGGACGUUACUUAUAAGCGUCUCGGUCCGAAUGGUGAAAUCAAGGAUCCUGACUGGGAUGCCCGACAUAAGAUUUGGCAGUUUGAAGACUUUCACUCCAAGCUGCCUGCUCGCGCUCGCACUCGUUAA